AUGUCUGGACCCUACGAUUCCUACGGCGGCCAGGGCUACGGCUCGCAAUACCCUCAGCAGGGCUAUGGGCAACAACAGGGCUAUCCUCCCCAGCAAGGUUAUGACCAGGGCCAGCAAUACCCUCCUCAGCAGGGCUAUCAGCAAUAUCCGCCUCAGGACCAAGGCUUUGGACCUCCUCGCCGACAAGAUUCCUUCGGCCCUCCCCAGCAGGGCGGCUUCCAGCACGGUCAGCAAACGUACCAAUUCGGUCACUACGACGCUAGCAACCCACAAGGCAACUCAGGCUACUAUGGCCAACCCCAACAACAACAAUAUGGCAGCAACGACGCCUACGCGCAAAACCAGGCCUACCAACAACAAAUGUCUCACGGCGGACAGGGCCAACAAGGUCAAGGCGUACCGUCCCAAGCGCAAAAUCACCAGUUCUCCCCUCAGUCGAGCGAUCCCAAUGCGCCCAACUACGACCCCAACGCUCCUCCCAUGACUGAAAGCGAUCGUGGUCUGCUGGGCGCCAUUGGUGGUGGCUUUGGUGGUCACUUCUUGGGGAAAUCAUCAGGUCAUGGUUUCCUCGGUACCAUCGGAGGUGCCCUUCUGGGCAGUGUUGCCGAAGACUUCAUGAAGGACAAGAAGAAGAAGCACCACGGCAGUGGUGGCAGCAGCUGGGGUGGAAGCCGCUACUGA